AUGAUGCCGAACCACUACGAGGUCCUCAAGAUCCAUAACACUGCGGACAGUGCCGCCAUUAAGAAGGCCUACCGCAGGCUAGCACUUACCCACCACCCCGACAAAACACUCCAUCUCCCCGACGCAGACCGCCAAAAGCGGGAGAAGAUCUUCAAGCUCGCCACGCUUGCAUACGAGGUUCUCAGCGACGUGGUAUGGAGUGCCGGCGCCCUCCCUCCGACCUCCUUCAGCACGCAACCCUGGUUCUAUGCACCCGUCAGCGAGACUGAGACGCGCACCGUCUUCAACUUCAAGAACCACCAGGGCUGGGACUUCUCCAUCGGCCUAACGCGGCGCUUCAAGUUCCUCCAGCGGCCUCUCGUGCCAGUCCUGCAGACUGAUACGCGCGGCCAGAUCAGCAUCACUUUCCUGCUGCAGCGCGACAAUACCGUGAGAAUGGCCGCGUUCAUAGACGUAAAGGAGGUGCAUGUCACCGUGGAUAGAGUCCCGGGACACAAGGAAGUCGCGCUGAGCAGCUUGUUCGUCGAAUCAAGAGUCGAAGACCAAGGCGUCAACGCGAUCGAGCUGCGUAUCAGUCUCGCAACGGGUUCGGAGCGCGAUCUGCAGGCACGGUUUUCGGCGGCGUGGGAUGUGGACUGCGGCUUUCUGGCGGGGUUUUUCCAACGGCUGAGGGUCACGCAUUUGGUGUUUUGGCCGCAUUUUCCGCGCGGUGCGUUUAACGAGGACGGCGAGGUGCCAACGGAUGCGAAGGAUGGGUCGCCCAUGUGCUAUGUCAAGCAGGAGUGUCCCGAUAUUUUGUUUGUGAAGCUGGGCAAGGCGUACUAUUGUCAGGAGCAGACGCAUAGUUCGAAGAAGUUGUGGCGCGUUGCGGCUGUUGGGACGAUGUAG